AUGUGUCCUGUUAUUAAUUCAGAAAAAGGCAUAACAGCAGCAGGUAUUCAAGACCGUGAUGGACUCACGGUGAAAGCGGUGGUACCUCGGUACAAGGUCCGUGGCGAGACGGCCGUGCUCCGAUGCGACUUCGAGCUGGAAGGAGCCCUGCUGUACGCYGUCAAGUGGUACCGCGAAAACGAAGAGUUCUACCGGUACGUGCCCAAGUCGGACCCUCAGAAGACGUCGUACGUGGUGGACGGGAUUAAAGUCGACCACAUGCAUUCCAACAGUCGACAGUUAACGUUGAGAGACAUAACGUUGAAAACCACAGCUAAUUACCGGUGCGAAGUUUCUGCAGAAGCACCGUCGUUUGCUUCCGCACAAGAUGGUGGCCGAAUGGAAGUUAUAU